GUAACCAGGCGGCAACGUGACCAGAAAACGAACGGCAGCCAGGCUGCAUCCCAGUGUGCUGUGCGGAGAGCGGACAGCUGCUAGCGCCGUGGAUCCUCGUUGUCCUGCACUGUCAGUUAAUGUUAGACAGAAAUCACAGACUUGUGUACUUUCGACUGGAAACCGGGGUGCGUGACGUACUUCGCGUGCGGACCGUUCGGCGCGGUUGGAUUCAGGAUGACUGCGAUCAAAAUGAGGGCAGUGGCUCCUGCUGCCCAGGGGAAGUCUCGCCCUCUUUUCCUGGAGGUGCUGUGUCGAAGUCUGAUCAUUCUUUGCGUGGCUCUCUCUGUUGUCCUGUCCUCCGUCGCAGUGUGUGAUGGACACUGGCUGUUGUCUGACCGACAUAUGUUUGGCCUUUGGUUCUUCUGUGUGGUGGAGGACUCUGGUGCGGCCCCCAACUGCAGCAGGCAUGUUGGGGGGGGCCUGGAUCCAGGAUUGUGUGUGUGUCGUUCUGUUGUCUCUCUGGCUGUGGUGAGUGCAAUCUUUGGCCUGGAGCUGCUGGUGAUGUCCCAGGUGAGCGAGGGGCGGGCAUCUAGCCAGCGCUGGCAUCUGGGAGCAUGGCUUGUGCUGCUGGCUGCAGGGUUGGCUGCUGGAGGGGUUGCGACCUUUGUGUUCCUGUUCUGGGAGCAUGCCACACCUCUGGGGUUCACUCUCACCUUCUGGUGCCAGUUCACUGCAACCUUCCUGUUCUUCCUCAAUGGCAUGGCAGCACGGCAUAUCCAGAAUAUGGCAGAACUGCUUCCCUCUAGUGGUCAUUUGGGAAAACCGUAAGCAUUGGCCACUCUGUAUUCAUCACUCAGUGGUUCUGUACAACCGGCAGAUAUAUCAAGAAGAUAUGCUAUGGUUCCAUUUAAAGAACUUUACAUGAUCACAAUGGUUAAGCAUUGAAUAAAUAAUCCAGGUAGUUUAUUCAGUCCUAUUAAUUUGAAUCUUUUCUCAAUAAAGACAUUUUAUUUUCACAAUUUCAUCUUUUAUAUAUGCAUCUACUGUAUAUUACACUCACAAUGGUACAAUGUUCUUUAUAAAUUGAUGAACUAAGAAGCAGCACGGAAAAAGAAACACAUAUAAAGAAACAAGUUAUUUUCUUGGGGGUUUUCUGUACUUUAAGUCAUAACAAGCUAAGCAGUAUUUAUUUAAACUGUUGAGCUGGGGAAAGAACCAUCUUGUUCAGAAGCAUACUCUGGGUGAGAGUGCCUGGGUCAACUGGGGUUUCUGACAUAGAGCAUCCUCAGACAGGUAUAUAAUUUAAAGUAAACCACACUUUACAAAUUUACACUUCACACUUUUACGCAGGAGUGUAUUCUUUUUGGGCUUUUUUAGGUUGCGAAAACAUGUGUUUGAUGUAUAAAGCUAUGGGAAAUUAUUAUUUUUCCAUGUAAAUUAAACAAAUUUUAACUUUACACCCAUAUUAUAGCAAUUAGUGUAGUGUAGUGGGUAACACCUUUGCCUUCUAUGCUGUAGACUGGGGCUCAAUCCCCAUCUGGGUAAGCACCCUGCACUAUACCAAUAAGAGUCCUUGGGCAACACUCCUAACACCACCUUCACCUACCUGUGUAAAAAAAUUAUCAAAUUGUAAGUCACUCUGGAUAAGAGCAUCAGCCAAAUGCCAUAAAUGAAAGAUUAUAUAAAUACCUCUAUUUAGUAGCAGUAGAGUGUUUCGGUAGACAGAUGAAGCUACACUGUGUGUCUAAAAGUAUGCUGACAUCCCUUCUAAAUUUGUCACUUCAGCUGCUUUAAGGUGCACCCGUACUAACACAGGUGAUGGAGUGAUGGAGCACCACUGAAUCCCCUCAGGAUUAGUUGGAGUGACUUCUGUGAUCCAGAACCGAUCAUCUAACAUUAGUACCAGACUUCACUAAUGCUCCUGUGGCUGAAUGCAAUCAAAUCCUCACAGUGAUGUUCCAACAUCUAGUGUAAACCCUUGCCAGAACAGCAGAGGCUGUUACUGCAGCGAAAGGGUCAUGCAAAUAGCAAGAAAAACCAUAGUCCAAUAUUAAUUAAUUAAUUCCCUAAACCACUUAUCAUCCUGGGUCACGGGGUGCUGGAGCCUAUCCCAGCACUCCAAGGGCAGAAGGCAAGAAAUAUCCUGGACAGGUCACCAUUCCAUUACAGGGCAGAUACACAGACAUACACAGUCACAAUGGCUUGAAAGCAUGUCUUUGGA